AUGUCGCUCUUGCCUCUUGCUCCCUCCUUUAAACGCUGGCCAGGCUCACAUGUCGUUUCCUCCCUCUCAGAGACGGGGGAGACAGGGGAGAUGAACUGGAUGAAGCACACGGGGGAGAGGGAACUGGGUAGACCCGUCUGCCAAUGGCUCUUCCUCCUCGGCAGAGACGACGUGCUCACCCAGUCCGAUGAACUUAGGGAGGUCUACUUCCUUGAAUCCACAAAGGGGUGCAUUAUGCAGAUGCUUGGCUUUGGGGACGCUGAUGUUGUGUGGCUUGCAGGAAAAGGUCCCAAAAUCUUAGUUGGAUAUGAUGUCGUGCUCCAAUUUUACAUUCAGGAUUUUUCAGUUAAGGUUGGCUGGCUUGUUCACGAUCUCCUCUAUAGCAGCCCUGAACUAAACCUUCCCUUUGCUGACAUGAACACAGUCCAUGCCAACCAUUACGCUAGCCGAAUACGCAAGUGGUUUCAGGACAACUCAAAGGACAUCAAGAGCCUCUGCGGGAUGGCUCUGCAGAUGCUGCACACCCACAAAUGUUGGGAGGUGCCGUCAGAUGUACUUCCAUGA